AUGCAUCUGACAUCUUCCAUCACCUAUGAUGCAUCUUCCAUCACCUAUGAUGCAUCUUCCAUCCCCUAUGAUACAUCUUCCAUCACCUAUGAUGCAUCCUCCAUCACCUAUGAUGCAUCUUCCAUCACCUAUGAUGCAUCCUCCAUCACCUAUGAUGCAUCCUCCAUCACCUAUGAUGCAUCCUCCAUCACCUAUGAUGCAUCUUCCAUCACCUAUGAUGCAUCUCCAUCACCUAUGAUGCAUCUUCCAUCCCCUAUGACACAUCUUCCAUCACCUAUGAUGCAUCUUCCAUCACCUAUGACAAAUCUUCCAUCACCUAUGACACACCUUCCAUCACCUAUGAUGAAUCUUCCAUCCCCUAUGACACACCUUCCAUCACCUAUGACGCAUCUUCCAUCACCUAUGAUGCAUCUUCCAUGA